UGACUGAAGUUCAGUCUUCGACUUCAGUCGCGUUUAGGCGAUCAUCAUGGAAGUAUUGUAGUGCACGUUUGUUCUUCCAAAUCUCUCAUCAAAUCUUUCACAUUCUGCUGCAGUGCCAGUGACUGUGAAACGUAAUCCGACGCAUAUACAUACAUACUAACCAAAUUAUCUUCUUCUUUUUUGCAUUCUUCCUUGAGAGUGCACAUAAAAUUGUUAAAUAAGUGUUUCAGUGUUUACGUUUCCUGUUUGAUACAUUCCAAAAUUCGACAACUUUUCUUACUUUCACGAAUAUCACGUCGAAUUAUACCGGGUGUGUAAAGUGAAUUAUGAACGGCCUGAAGAAACGUGACGUAAUCCGAGUCGGAUCUCGGAAAAGCGAGUUGGCUCUCAUACAAACUAAACAUGUGAUAAAAUGUCUGAAAGAAAUUCAUCCAAAAGAAGAAUUCGAAAUAGUAACCAUGAUGACUAAAGGAGACAAGAUUCUAGACAAAUCUUUACCAAAAAUUGGGGAGAAGUCUUUAUUCACUGAAGAGUUGGAACUAGCUUUAGAAAAUGGCGAUGUAGAUUUUGUAGUGCACUCUUUGAAAGAUUUGCCAACAACAUUACCAGCAGGAAUGGCAUUAGGUGCUAUAUUAAAACGUGAGGAUCCACGUGAUGCAGUGAUCAUGUCAAAGAAAUUCAAAGAUAAAACAUUAUCUUCAUUGCCGGAAGGUAGUGUUAUUGGUACCAGUUCUUUACGUAGAACCGCGCAGCUGGCUCGAAACAUGCCUCACUUAAAGGUACAAAAUAUCCGUGGGAACUUGAACACUAGAUUAAGAAAGUUAGAUGAUGCAAAUAGCUGUUACGCCGCAAUAAUAUUAGCUACCGCUGGUGUAAAAAGAAUGGGAUGGGACGACAGAAUAAGUCAAAUUCUGGAACCCGAAGAAGCUCUGUAUGCCGUCGGUCAGGGUGCAUUGGGCGUUGAGUGCCGAGAAUCUGAUAAGAAAAUACGUUGUUUGUUGGAAUCACUGUUUGACGUGGAAACCACGUUAAGAUGCGUAUGUGAACGUUCGUUUUUAAAAACUCUUGGCGGCGGAUGUUCCGCACCAGUCGCAGUAUCUUCAUCGUUAAACAAUAAAGAGUUGACGAUUACUGGUGCUGUAUGGUCCCUUGACGGUAAAACUCUGAUCAAAAGUACCUCUAAGAAAGAAUUAUAUCUACCCGACGACGAUGGUGAACCUCCACGGAAAUGUCCAUAUCAAGAACCUCGCCUUUACUGUAGCGUUGUUCCUGUAAGAACAGUAAGUAGUUUAAGUCUUCUCGGUGCGGAAACGCUUGGUAAAGAUUUAGCGAAAAGUCUCAUAAAGAAAAAUGCCCUCGAUGUAAUGUCACAAGCUAGAAAUGAAAUCUUGGAUUCAAAAUAGUUAUAUUUAUUAGUUGAUUUUUGGUUGUUUAUUGAGGAAUAUAUUUAGAAAGUAUGUUACUGUAAAAUGAUCGUUACCAACUUUUUAUAAUCAUUAAUAUUCGGCAUAUAUUUCUAUUGAUAUAUGCUCAAAAAGAUUAGAAUAUAAAUUAUUGCACUUUUUUUUUUAAAUUUUGCAUUAGGUAUCACAUAUAUCUUAUUUAUCUAUUUAUUUACGCGUAAAUUGGAAGAAAUACAAAGUAAAUGCAGUUACAAUUAUUGAAGAACAUUGGUAAAGAUCAUAUUGAUACAAACCAGUAAUCUUUUUGCUAGUGCUUCCGUUUUGUUGUUUCGUUAAAUGUAUGAUGCUCAUGAUGACAAAAGAAUAUUGUAUUAUGUAAAAUAUCUAUGAUUUAUUGCUGUUAAUAAAACAAUAUGAAAUAGGAACAUUGUUGAAAAUAAUGCGAUUUAUUGUAAAACACUGCCACAUUGUAGGAUCAGCAUGAUAUAUUUCCGGUUAUACAAUAAUCAAGUCUUAAUUAAAUUUAUCUAUCUUUUAAUCUCUCUUUGUGAAAUUUCUUCUGGAUAUCUUAUCUGAGGAGGGCAGAUUAUGUUAAAGAUUAAUAUGUAUAAUAUCGUUAAUCAUUUUAUAUUUUAAGACAUUAUUAUUUAGCCCCAUAUGUAUAAAAUUGUAAAAUAUUAUAUAAGAAUUUAUAAUAUAUAAUUUUGUCAUUUUGUAAAAAGAUUUUGUCUACUAUUUGUAUAUGUGUCAAUAAAGGUGUUAUACAUCUUAUACAUUACAUAAAGUGGACUGACUAAUUGUACAUGUAAAAGACAUAAAGUCUAUUAUAAGAAAAAUGUAUAUAACUAUUAUAUAUUAAUAAAAAAAGAAAUCUA